UUUAAUUCUUUUUUAAUCGGAAAUCUGCUUUCUGUAGUGAUGAGAGUAUUCUCUGCCAAGUACGCCUUCCAUGUUGAGUUACGUACGAUUUACAACAUUAACACGCACCUCAUUGGAAACACGCAUUCCCUCUAAGAAGACAGAUCCCUUUCUAUAAGGCGUCUCUUCGGAUUCUCAGAGCUAGAAGCUUCCAAUUUCAAAAUACUACCAGUGUACCAGGCCCCACAGCACAGAGAGACAAACGCCAUCUCCAAAACCCUCGCUCCCCAUCGCCAUUAUCCAGACCAAGCCCCAAGCUCCGACCACCAGAACCGAGCCCAAAUGGCGGCCGCCUACAUGCUCAACGUUUUGUUUUCCUCCUCCCCGCCCCCGGUCCCGCGCCUCCACGCCGCCGCUACCACCGCCUCCUUCGCGCUGCCGCGCCGCGCAGUAGCCGCACCCGUCGUGCGCGCAGCGGCUGCCUCGUCCAAGUCCCCGGCGGCGGCGGCGGCGGCGGCGGCCCCGAAGAAGAAGAGGGCGACCGGCCUCACCCUGCCGAAGCCCGUGUCGCCGGCGCUGCAGGAAAUCGUGGGCGUUCCGGAGAUCCCCCGCACCGAGGCCCUCAAGCGCCUCUGGGCCUACAUCAAGCAGCACAACCUCCAGGAUCCUGUGGACAAGAAGGUGAUCGUUUGUGAUGAGAAGCUGAGGGUCCUGUUUGCUGGGCGGGAGCGUGUUGGAUUCCUUGAGAUCGCCAAGCUUCUCAACCCCCACUUUGUGAAGUGAGAAGCCUCUUGAUGGAGAUGAGUUAGCCUAGAUAGUUUCUACUGAUCUAGACUCUAGAGAGUGCGUUGGUUGAUUUUGGUGGCCUGAGUUAGCUCGACUUCGUAGGAUGCUCUAGCUCUUUGCAUACAAUGUUAGUGUGCCCCUGGUGGUAGUCACCUUAAUCAUUGGAUGUCCUUAUGCCUUGUAUGUUUUUGCUAUGGAUUGUUAUAAUGUGGAUUUAUUUUCAUCCAAUUGUAAAAUCAGCUUUUACAUUGUGGUCA